CCCGGGUGAAAAUGCGCUCAUAACAUUUCCUGCACUGAUGCAUGGUGGUCGAACGGAGGGAUUGUUGGAAAAUUUCGGAGGUGUGUGUGUGCGUUGGUGUGUGUGUGUGUGUGUGUUUGAGGAGGUUGAGACAUGCUCUUGGCCCAGAUAAACCGUGACUCCCAGGGGAUGGCAGAGUUCCAGGAUGCAGACGGCCAGCAGGUGACCCUCUGUCUGGCAGAGGCAGUGACCGUGGCAGACGGCGAUCAUAUGGAGACUAUGGACACAGUGAGUCUACAGGCAGUAACCCUUGCCGAUGGCUCCACAGCAUACAUUCAGCAUGACCCCAAAGUUUCCUUUUCAGAUGGACAGCUAAUGGACGGACAGGUUAUCCAACUGGAGGAUGGGUCUGCUGCAUACGUCCAGCAUAUGUCCAUUCCAAAAUCAGGAGGAGACAGUUUACAACUUGAAGACGGACAGGCUGUCCAGCUAGAAGAUGGAACAACAGCCUACAUUCAUGCACCCAAAGAGACAUACGAGCAGAGUAGCUUGCAGGCGGUGCAGUUGGAGGACGGCAGCACGGCGUACAUCCAGCACACGGUGCACAUGCCCCAGUCCAACAACAUCCUGGCCAUUCAGGCUGACGGCACCAUCUCAGACCUGCAGACAGACGGGGGCAUAGACCCCGAGACCAUCAGUGUGCUGGAGCAGUACACCACCAAGGUGGAGAAUAUAGAGAGUGGGCUGUUCGGACGAGAGGAGACUGAUAAUGGCAUCCACAUGCAGAUUGUCCUCCAGGGUCAAGAGGGCAGGACAGGAAGGGUUUCACACGUAGGGGAGAAGUCGUUCCACUGUGACCACGAGGGCUGUGGAAAACUCUUCACCACUGCUCACCAUCUAAAGGUACACGAGAGAUGCCACACUGGAGAUAAGCCAUAUAUCUGUGACCACAUUGGCUGUGGGAAGAAGUUUGCUACAGGGUAUGGGCUGAAGAGUCACUCGCGUACACACACCGGGGAAAAGCCUUACCGCUGCCAGGAGAUCAACUGCCACAAGUCUUUCAAAACAUCCGGUGACCUACAGAAGCACACACGGACACACACAGGAGAGAAGCCAUUCAAAUGUCCUGUUGAGGGCUGUGGACGGUCGUUCACCACCUCCAACAUCCGCAAGGUUCACAUCCGCACGCACACCGGAGAGCGGCCAUACUACUGCGCUGAGCCCAGCUGCGGGCGAUCCUUCGCCAGCGCCACCAACUACAAGAACCACAUGAGGAUUCACACAGGAGAGAAACCGUACGUGUGCAGUGUGCCUGGGUGUGAUAAGCGCUUCACGGAGUAUUCCAGCCUGUACAAGCACCAUGUGGUCCACACACCCUGCAAGCCCUACAACUGUAACUACUGUGGGAAGACCUACAAGCAGAUCUCCACCCUGGCCAUGCACAAACGCACGGCACACAACGACACAGAGCCCAUCGAAGAGGAGCAGCAGGCCUACUUUGAGCAACCCACAGAUGCCAUUGAUGAUCCUGAGGUCACCUACACAUCUGUAGUGGAGGUGGAGGACUCUGUGUCUGUGGGGACUCCAGAGGUCCUAGGGCAACAGCAUCAAGUGUCCCUAGUCACACAGGACGGAACAACGCAGCAGGUCAGUAUCUCCGAGGCGGAUUUGCAAGCGAUGGGCGGCACAAUUACCAUGGUAACACAAGAAGGCACCACCAUCACCAUCCCAGCCCACGAGCUGAUGUCACAAGGGCAUCAUUCUGUCACCAUGGUGACAGCGGAUGGCACAGAGGGACAGGUGCAAAUUAUGACCCCAGAUAUGACCACUUUCCAGACAGUGGAGGAGGUGGAUUUUAUCCAGGAACAGGAGCACCAGGUGGUGUCUUCAAGCCCUCACCCGGUCACCCUAUUGGCUACUUCCAAUGGCACUCACAUCGCUGUGCAGCUCAGUGAUCAACCAUCAUUGGAAGAAGCCAUCAGAAUAGCGUCGCGAAUACAGCAAGGAGAGACAACCGGAUUGGACGAUUAACACCUAAAUGAACUAAUAGCAAAAAAGGAAAAUCAUAUCUUCGCUAUUUUCUAGAUUCUACAGGAAUUGAGUGUGUGUGUGUGUGUGUUUUUUGAUAACUGGAGUCCUAUGUGGAUUUAAUGUGCUCCUUCAUCCAUUGGUGAGGAGAGGAUGAUUUAUAAUGUCCUAUUGUGCAACUGCAAUGUACAGCUAACUCAUUUUUUUAAAUAAAAAAAUGGUGUGAUCAAUA